CUACACUUCCACAUCGCACAGCGUUUCUACAAAAGCCAGUCUCAGGCAGAGCUGGACCUGCAGUGUGUGUUUGAAGGGGAAAAGAAAUGCAUAGGUAGUAAAUCACUUGUGAUGAGCCUUGCGUUCCGUGCUUCGUGUUUUAGAACUGGUUCCGUCUCUAGGGCCUGACCCUUCCUGGCGCUAUACAUUUGCGUUUGAGCGUCCUAUCAGAGGCCAGAAGCUGCGCUGCAUCCUGCUCGAGUCCACUUCGCCGUCGAAACAUGGUCGCCGCCGUUUGAGGACAGUGGUUCGCCGAGAGGACGGAGGGCAGAUCUUUUUAUCCAGUUCUUUUCUUCUCCUAGGAGUUUAGCGAGAGACCAGGGAGCAGUUUGGGGGGGACAUCCCGGUCCGGAAGCAGUCUGCGGGACGUCCCGGACAGGAAGCGGUUUGGAGGACAGCCCGGUCCGGAACCAGAAGCAGUUUUGGGGGAGACAGCAGGCCCGGUCAGGGAGCGAGCGAGCGUCCGGCCUUCAGGAUGACGGCGGACAGAGUCAACGCCCUGCCGUUCUUCUUCGGCAACAUCACGCGUGAGGAGGCGGAGGACUACCUGCGGCAGGGCGGCCUGAGCGGCGGGCUCUACCUGCUGCGGCAGAGCCGGAACAACCUGGGCGGCUACGCCCUGUCGGUGGCGCACGACCACACGUACUUCCACUACACCAUCGAGCGGGAGCUGAGCGACACGUACGCCAUCGCCGGGGGCCGUUCCCACGCCGACCCCAUCCAGCUGAUCGACUACCACUCGCAGGAGAGCGACGGGCUGGUGUGUCUGCUGAAGAAGCCCUUCAGCCGGCCGCGGGGGGUGCAGCCCAAGGUGGGGGCCUUCGAGGACCUGAAGGAGGAGCUGAUCAAGCAGUACGUCAGGCAGACCUGGAACCUGCAGGGAGCUGCCCUCGACCAGGCCAUUAUCAGCCAGAGGCCCCAGCUGGAGAAGCUGAUCGCCACCACAGCCCAUGAGAAGAUGCCCUGGUACCACGGCAAGAUCACACGGGAAGACUCCGAGCCCCGCCUACUCUCCCCGCCACGCACCAAUGGCAAAUUCCUAAUCCGACAGCGGGACUCCAACGGCUCGUUCGCUCUGUGCCUUCUUCACGGCGGCAGCGUCAUGCACUACCGCAUCGACAAGGACAAGGCGGGGAAGCUCUCCAUCCCCGACGGCAAAAAGUUCGACACGCUCUGGCAGCUGGUGGAGCACUACUCCUACAAACCGGAUGGCCUCCUCCGGGUCCUGACCGAGCCUUGUUCACGCCUGGGGGGCGCGGGAGCCGAUGGCGCUACCACGUUACCCCCCCUUCCCCGAAAUCACCCUGGGCAAGGUCUGGCUGAUGGGAUUUUCUCCAGAAUCAAAUCCUUCACCCUCCCCAAUCCUGGCAGCAAAAAGUUCAUGACUCGUUUCCGCAACAAAACCACAGACAACCUCAACCCAUAUGCGACCAGACCUGAAAGUACCACAGUGGAGGCCUUGCCCAUGGACACGAAGGUGUAUGAGAGCCCGUACGCGGACCCGGACGAGCUGAGGACGGCCACCGUCGACCGGAAGCAGCUGGUCCUGGAGGACGGGGAGCUGGGCUCAGGGAACUUCGGGACGGUCCUCAAGGGCAUCUACAAGAUGAGGAAGUCGGAGAAGCAGGUGGCGGUGAAGAUCCUGAAGAACGACGACAACAACCCGGCGGUGCGGGAGGAGAUGCUGCGGGAGGCCAGCGUGAUGCAGCAGCUGGACAACCCCUACAUCGUGCGCAUGAUCGGCAUCUGCGAGGCCGAGAACCUCAUGCUGGUCAUGGAGCUGGCCGACCUGGGCCCGCUCAACAAGUUCCUGCAGAAGAACAGACACAUACUGGUGCGGAACAUCACUGAGCUGGUGCACCAGGUCUCCAUGGGGAUGAAGUACCUGGAGGAGCACAACUUCGUCCACAGGGACCUGGCAGCGCGGAACGUGCUGCUGGUGACCCAGCACUACGCGAAGAUCAGCGACUUCGGCCUCUCCAAAGCCCUGACUGAGGAGGAGAACUACUACAAGGCCAAAGGUCACGGAAAGUGGCCGGUGAAAUGGUACGCCCCGGAGUGCAUGAACUACUUCAAGUUCUCCUGCAAGAGCGACGUGUGGAGUUUCGGGGUCCUGAUGUGGGAGGCCUACUCCUUAGGCCUGAAGCCUUACAAGGGAAUGAAGGGAGCUGAGGUCAUUCAGAUGAUCGAGAGUGGGGAGAGGAUGGCGGCUCCGGCCAACUGCCCCCCCGAGGUCUAUAACCUCAUGAAGAUGUGCUGGACGUAUAAGCCGGACGAGAGACCAGGAUUCAGUAUUGUUGAACGAAGACUUAGGGACUACUACUAUGACAUUUCACAGUGAUCAACACUGCCUACCACCAGGGGGCAAUGUUGCAUCGUAGUCCAGAUGACGGAACUGAAGAUCAGAGCUUCAAAUCUAGUGUCGGGUGUUUUCUGUUCCCUUCGUGAAGUUACAUUAUUUGAGUUGCUUUGGGAAAAAACAAAAUAUUUCUAAUUCUUAUUUUAUAUGAGAAUGUAGAUGUGUGCUGAUCAGGUAAGUCCCAGAUGCAUCACCAGAACUUGAAAGGCAUAAUACUGUGGAAAUAUUUGAAGAUACGUAUUGCAACUGCACAUUCAAAAUUUUACGGUAAAACGGGGUACUGAUUGAUUACUCUUUUUUGACAGUUGGUUAUUCAGUUACAUUUAUUUAGUUUUUUGAAUAUGCAUUUUUACCCUUCAUUAAUUUUAGUUUUUUAGCUUUGGUAUUUCAAUAGUUUUUUCUGCAAAUGACUUAUAAGUGUUUUUCAUAUUUCUGGAUUAGUGGUUCUUAACUCCAGUUUGCAUUUGCAAGGCACAAUCUGUAACUGCAUUAUUCGGUUUUCUCGUAUAGCGCUUUUUUGCAGGCACACAGUCACAAAGACGCUUUUCAGGAAAGCGAGGAAUGGGAAAAUGGGAAAACCGGGAAUCAAAAAUUCAGGAAAGCCUGAAUCCCGGAAAUCCCAGCAAGCGAGGCAAAAAAUUGGGGGGGGGGGGGGGGGGGGGGGGGGGGAUUGGGGGCAGAUGUCCCAGGGAAGAGAGACAGGAAAGGGAAAAACAUUUCUGAUAAUUAUUUUGUUAAUUACAUCAGUUAGGUUAGGUAUGCUGGAGUUGGCGACCGAGGCGCUGGCCUCCGAAGUGGCGUUGGUCCCCGGGCGCUGCACUGUGGCUGCCCGGUGCACAGCUGAAAAGCUUGUGCUGGUUGGUGCUUGGAUGGGAGACCUUGUGGUCUUCCCUGAGGAGCGAGCGUGAGGAUGGGGACGCUGCCCCGUAGGAGGUGCCAUCUCUCAGACGAGACGUUAAACCGAGGCCCUGACUCACCGUGGUCUCAGCAGCUCCCACAGGACGUCUUAAACGCGAGCGUCCUCCCAGAAUUCAUAGCCCAGCUCUCUCAUCCAGCCACUUAAUCUUCCUCUGGUUUAACUGGAAAACUCUCCCUCCUUCCCCACCUCACCCGAUGCCCCCCCCCGCCACCCCCCUUUCACUGUGAAGUGAGGAGACAGAUGCUGGAUGAAUUCAAUACGCCGUUGUUAUUUAGAGAAGGAAAAAAAUCCGGGGCACUCUUCUUUAGAACACACUUAAUAAAAUGCGUUUGUUCCAUGGUAAUUAUAGUGGACCAUACAUUUUGGCAAAUCGUUAAUUGGAACAUGCCGUAGAAUACAGCCGUUUUAUUAAGUGCAUUCUAUAGAAUGGUUUUUUUUUUUGGUUUUUUUUUAGAGUGCCUUGCUUUUUCACCUGUGUAUUGCUUUCCCCAAUACCAAAGAGCACCUUCUGUCACUAUCUGUUGGCGUUGGACAAGAUUGUGUACUCAGGUACCGCUCCUUACUGUGUGUUUCUUCGUUCUACUUCCUUAUUAUUUAAUGCAGCCCGGGGGUUGAGAACUACAGAUCUGUAUGGAUUGUGUUUUCUUUUCUGAGACUGAAAAUGCUAUUUUUCCACAUUACUUUUUGUGAAUAGGUAAGCAACGAAUGUGAUGGUACGCUGGGGUUGUGGUGGUGGAGAAUGUUGAUUGUGAGUUUGGGUGUCAUAUUAGUCCCACUCAUGUCACUGGAUCAGAAAUGCAGGAAAAGUGUCCCUCUCAUAUCACAUACCUUUACCGUAUCAUACUGAGAUCAAACAAUGUCAUUGUAAGCUUGUCACAGAAUUUACAAAUGAGAGGUAACACUUAAGUGUAAUCAGUUGGACUUUUUUUUAUUUUUACUGUUUAAAUGUAAAAAAGAAAAAUCUGACUUAAGUCAUUAUGUAUUGUCCUUUAUCAUCUAUGUGGGGAAUAUGUUUCUUCAGCUGAUAAUGAAAGUAAUUAGUUGUAAAACUAUUAUAAUUAUUUAAUUAUUUGUAAGUUGCAGAACAUCAUCUGUUUGGAACCCCAGCGUCAAGCCUAAAAAAUGAAAGUACAAUGUUUAAUAUAAUAACAAAAUGACAGUAGAUCAGAUUAUUCAGAACAUUUUCAUCAUGGUUAGACUUCUGGGGAAUGUGCUUUCUUUUGGCAUUUUCAAUCCUAAUUAUUCUUAAGUCUGAGGCAGAAAAACAGAGAUAUGUCUUUUGUAUGCUGUACAGAGCAAUGGCAAAGUGGGAUAUAUGAUACAACUGCAUGUGCUUUAAAUAAAAUGCUUUAUUUUAAAACAG